CGAUGAUAAAAGAAACACGUACGAUGCAACUGUGGAUCUUUACCAACUCGGACACGUUAUCAUUGUAGUAGUUUUCUAUACUUAUGAAUGGGAAUAUGUAUCUUAUAUCAUGGUUUAAAUCGAAAACUAAAGCAAUUUGGAUUGGAUUGGUUCUUAUUGGACUAUUUGUCGUAUAUUCAAAAACCUCAAUAUUCGAAGGAGUGAAAAUGAUCCAGGGAGAUGUACUCAACAUACAAAUGAACGACAGUAUCUCAAAUAAAGCUUACAAAAUACGGAAAAUGGCACACAUUAUUGAUAAGCACUCGCCAAACUUCACUUCCACUGCUGCAAUGCAUGAUUAUAAAAAAGAUGGAGGGAAGGAAAAACCAAAAGCAAUACAUCAACAAGAUCGAGAACCUGCAGAAAUAAAUACACAUUUAACACAUUUAACACAGCUUAUAGAGACUAAUAAGAAGAUAUACACAAACGAUUCCAAGAAGAAACAAUUAAGCGCAACGUUUCUGCGAACGUUAAAUGGUUCCUUUCCAAAGAUUAAAGGGCGCACUUACGAUAAUUGUAAGCGUCUUAUCUCCGAGAUCAAACUACGUCACAAAGUCAAGUAUUUUGUGUUUCGAUACAGUUAUGACCCAUCGCCUAUAGAUGUCACCUUAUUAACUCAUCUAACUCUAAACAGAGGUAUACAUAGAAUUGGAAAGAUUCUUGCACAGUGGCCUGGGCCUGCAAGUGUAUCUGUUUUUGGAACUGAUAAAGAAGUUAAAAAGUUCCUAAAUACGGCACACUCUUGGAAACGAAAAAAUGUUGGGAUACACGUAGUAUAUCAACGGAAUGCAAUACAUUAUCCAGUAAACUUUAUGAGAAACGUUGCUCU